AGAUGAUGUGCUUCAGUGACUAUCCGAUCCCAGAUCAUUAUCCCAACUUCAUGCAUAAUGCCCAGGUCCUGGAGUAUUUCAGGAUGUAUGCCAAAGAAUUUGACCUUCUAAAGUAUAUUCGAUUUAAGACAAGAGUCUUGCUCUGUUGCCCAGGCUGGAGUACAGUGACACGAUCUCGGCUCACUGCAACCUCCACCUCCCAAGUUCAAGCAAUUCUCCCGCCUCAGCCUCCCGAGUAGCUGGGAUUACAAGCAUGUGCCACCACACCCACUAAUUUUUGUAUUUGUAGUAGAGACGGGUUUUCGCCAUGUUGGCCAGGUGAGUUUUGAACUCCUGACCUCAGGUGAUCCACCUGGCUCAGCCUCCCAAAGUGCUGGGAUUACAUGCGUGAGCCACUGCACCCCGCCAGGGGUGAUGUCUCUAUUAGUCCAUGAAGACAUUAUGGUCAUGGGCCCUUAGAAGCACAUAGUGUUUCCUUAACCUAAGUAGGGUAACCCAUAUUUAUUAUUUUUUAUAAAGCUAAAAAUCAUAACACUAUCCUGUUUCACAGCCUCUUUCUUUAUAGUUCCUUGUAAAAUGGGUAUUUAUGGGAGCCGAAGGGAGAUUCACUUAUAUAAAAUGAGAGCCACUGAGGUGUUUUUCUAUCCUACCAGGAAAAGGAGCCCUAUAGCUCAGUCACUUAUUUAAAGGUAGCCAGGAGAAGAGAACCUAGGGUAAGAAGACAUCAGAAGGUCUCAGGACAUAUAGGGGUCAGAAGAAGAAUAGGCAUUUAGUGCAUGGAGUGUCAUAAAAGCUCAGGAGAAGCCCAGGCUUUACUCAGGUGUUACAGUGCCUUAGGACCUGGACCAAGAGACCUAGUGACUUGCACUUUUCUAGAAGAGGAGGGUACAUUAGACUGCCAACACUAUGUUAUUUUUUUCUGUCUUGUCGAAGUUUUCUCAUUCUGACCACAGCCCAAAACAGUUCUUAUUUGUGGAGUAUGAAAAUCAAAUAUCCCUGCAUGGGUCCUAUUAUGUGAUAGUGCCUGUGAUAUCAGCCCUUUGUGUAACACUAUGCAGGGAGAGUCAUGUCAGGGAUGUCCCCUGUGGUUAUCACUUUUCUUUUCAGACCACUGUGUGCAGUGUGAAGAAGCAGCCUGAUUUUUCAACUUCAGGCCAAUGGGAAGUGGUCACUGAAUCUGAAGGGAAAAAGGAGAUGAAUGUCUUUGAUGGAGUCAUGGUUUGCACUGGCCAUCACACCAAUGCUCAUCUACCUCUGGAAAGCUUCCCUGGAAUUGAGAAGUUCAAAGGGCAGUACUUCCACAGUCGAGACUAUAAGCACCCAGAGGGAUUCACUGGAAAGAGAGUCAUUAUAAUUGGCAUUGGGAAUUCUGGAGGGGAUCUGGCUGUAGAGAUUAGCCAAACAGCCAAGCAGGUUUUCCUCAGCACCAGGAGAGGGGCUUGGAUCCUGAAUCGUGUAGGGGACUACGGAUAUCCUUUUGAUGUGUUGUUCUCUUCUCGACUUACGCAUUUUAUGUGGAAGAUCUGUGGCCAAUCAUUAGCAAACAAAUAUUUGGAAAAAAAGAUAAACCAAAGGUUUGACCAUGAAAUGUUUGGCCUGAAGCCUAAACACAGAGCUCUGAGUCAGCAUCCAACCGUAAAUGAUGACCUGCCAAAUCGUAUCAUUUCUGGCUUGGUGAAAGUGAAAGGAAAUGUGAAGGAAUUCAUGGAGACAGCUGCCAUAUUUGAGGAUGGCUCCAGGGAGGAUGACAUUGAUGCUGUUAUCUUUGCCACAGGCUAUAGCUUUGCCUUUCCAUUUCUGGAAGAUUCCGUCAAAGUGGUCAAAAACAAGAUAUCCCUGUAUAAAAAGGUCUUCCCUCCUAACCUGGAAAGGCCAACUCUUGCAAUCAUAGGCUUGAUUCAGCCCUUAGGAGCCAUUAUGCCCAUUUCAGAGCUCCAAGGACGCUGGGCCACUCAGGUAUUUAAAGGGCUAAAGACAUUGCCCUCACAGAGUGAAAUGAUGGCAGAAAUAUCUAAAGCUCAAGAGGAAAUUGACAAAAGGUAUGUGGAGAGCCAACGCCAUACCAUUCAGGGAGACUACAUAGAUACCAUGGAAGAGCUUGCUGAUUUGGUGGGGGUCAGGCCCAAUCUGCUGUCUCUGGCCUUCACUGACCCCAAGCUGGCAUUACACUUAUUACUGGGACCCUGCACUCCAAUCCAGUAUCGUGUACAGGGCCCUGGAAAGUGGGAUGGGGCUCGAAAAGCUAUCCUCACCACAGAUGAUCGCAUCAGGAAGCCUCUGAUGACAAGAGUAGUUGAAAGGAGUAGUUCUAUGACUUCAACAAUGACAAUAGGCAAGCUUAUGCUAGCUCUUGCCUUCUUUGCUAUAAUUAUAGCUUAUUUCUAGUUGUCCUAUUGUCACUGCCCUGUUUUUCAUUGGGAAGCUUAUCUACAGAUGCCUUCAGAAUCUGAUGAGAUUGACUCUCAGUUUCAUAUUGCCCAGAAAUCUACUUUAAUGUCUCUUUCGAAAGCAUUAAUUCACUUUCCUUUUUCCUACAAUGAAACCUGUUUUUCAUUUGUAUUAACUCAUCUCCCUUCCACUCAUGAUCCAUCACUCUUCCUUGUGGUAAUCCCCAGACUGGGAGCUCAGGUACUCUUUUAGUCAUCUUUGUAUGUCUCUAGCAGAGUUCUUGACAUGUGGUAGGUGCUUAAUAAAUGUUUGUUGUUUAUCAAAUUUUAUGGUAGGGAGAGUAAGUCAGCAUCUGUAUAAAAUCACUUACUCCACGUAACUCUUCUUCUGAUAGGGUUUGAUUUUCUAUUAGAAGCUGAAUUUUAGUUUUUUUCAUAUUAUAACUAAAUAUGUUUCCUGAGAGGUAAGAGAAAUAAUGUUCUUACAAUAGUUGUAUGUAUCUAAGAUAAGACAUAUAGAUGCUUAAGACAUUUUGUUUCACUUGCUAUUCACUAGUGUACUUGAAACAUGGUCAUUUUUAGCCCUUUUCCUUAGGAACCAUGUCUUUAUUUUCUCAACAAAGAAAUUACUUUCAACUUUCUAGGCUCACAGUCAUUCAGAUCAUCUACCAUCUGCCAAUGAGAUCAACUUGGUUGAGAAUUUUGGGAUUUUAAAUUAGCUGUCCUACCUUUUUAAAUCUCUUUGUUCCCAUAUUAGGAUCCAACAAAACUUUAUCUUAGCAAAUAUGAUAAGUAGCUUCCAACUGUUGUAGUGUGGUCUAUAAGUGUGAUUUGAUUCAUCUUCCCCCACUCUAAUUUUCUCCCCUUUUCUCCUCCCUUACAUGGAGUCUAAGUAGUAAGUAUUCGAACAAGUCAUUUAUGUAUUAAAUUAGAAUUGAUAUUAACUAAAUGUAGGAACAUUCUGCUUAUACCAGUUUUUCUCAUGUCAUAAAGUGUAGUUCUGAAAAACAGAGCAAAUGAAAUGCAAAGCAGGGACUUGGGUUUACAUCCCAGUGCCACUGAUGAUUCUGUUUUCUCAUCUGUGGAAGUUUCACUGUUCUUGUUUCAUGGAGAAAUUAACUAAGUGUCAGCUGUCAGGCACACUGAACUCAAGUGAUGUUCAUUAAUAGCUGUUGUACAGUAUGUUUGUAUUUGGAUUCCUGCUUAUUACUUAACAACAGGAUAAACCUGAACAACGGAAAAGAACAACAUUAGAGAGUAUUAUCUUUCCAAAUACAAACACCUGUAAGAGAACCAGAAAUGUGAGAACUACAACUUCUUCUUAUGUAAACAUUUGAACAAUUGCCGGCCCUUUCACCGAAUUUACCUGUGGAAUGCCUUUUGAGAGUUAGAGAACUGAGAACUGGUAUUACUUUUCAGGUCUUUUGCUUUCCCUAAUCCUUGUGAUACUGGAGAUUUAUCAUCUAUUAAAAUGGACCUAGUAUUUUUAAAUCUGCAGAUCAAAAGCAAAUUGAAUGUCUCUUGCUUCCUUUUAAUUUCUUUUAACAUAUAAAUUUGUUUCUCUUUUAGCAUGUAAAUUUGUUGAAUUAACAGCCCUUUGAUAAUAUAAUUCCUAGUUAUCAGCAAUAAGUACACCAGUUUGUUUUUUAAAUUAGGAGUAUGUAAUUCGAAAUUAAUUGAUUCUCUCAUUGUACAUAUUAUAUGUAAGGUUACAAAAAAAAUCAUUGGUUAAUGAUUCUUUAGCUCAACCAAGCUAAAAGUAAGAUGUGAACAGGAAAUUGAACUCAAAACAACUUAAGAUACAAAGCUCUUGUUACUGAUACUGUCUAAUAAUAUUCAUCAAUUUACCAUAUCUUGCUCUUAUAUUAAAAUGUUCUAUCAUUUUCCUAAUUAUUUUAAAGUCGAUUACGAAAAAAUACAUAUAUUUUUGUAGUGCCAGAAAAUAAGGAAGUGCUCAAAAAGCAAACUCAAUGGCAUAUGUCAAAGGGACACAAGAGCCAUCUCAAAGUUGUCCCAAUGGCCAAAGCUAGAAUAAUUUGAGCAAUAAAAUAACCUAGUAUUGAAUUAUAACAUAAAAUAUGAAAAAUGCCCAUGAGUCCAUGCUGAUAUAAAUAAAUGAUUGAAUACAUUAAUAAAUGGGGUAGAAAAGAUGAAUCUCCCAUGAAGAAGAAUUCCAAAUAACUUAUGAACUCUGCCUUCAAGGAUAUGGAGCAGAACUUCCUACUUCUCCAGUGUGAGCUGAAUAGUGACUUCCUUCCAAAAAUUACAUAUGAAAAGGAGGAAAAUAACUUUGUAGUGGAGAAAUCUGAUAAACACUAUCUCAGCUAGGUUAUCAAGAUUAACACUAACAGUAAUAAGUCACAUUGAUAGUAUGUACCUUUGAGAUGAAGUGAUGAGAAGGCCACUUUACCUCUGUGUUGUAUUCCUCUCAAAAACCAUCAUGCAGUCUAACCAUGAGAAAAACAUCAGACAAACCCAAGUUGAAGAAUAUUCUACAAAUACCUGACUACCUCAAAACUGUCAAGAUCAUCAACAAAGAAAGUCUGAGAAAUUGUCCCGGAAUAAAGGGGCCUAAGGAGACGUGACAUCUAAAUGUAAUGUAGUAUCCUGGAUGGGCUCCUGUAACAGAAAAAGAACUUUAAGCAAAAAUUAAGGGAAUAUUAAUAAAGUAUGCAUUUUGGUUAAUAAUGUAUCAAUAUUGGUUUAUUAGUUGUGACAAAUGUACCAGAGGAAUGUAAAAUGUCAACAAUAAAGGAAAUUGGAUGUGGGGUAUAUGAGAAUGCUGUACUAUUUUUGCAACUUUUCUUAAAUCUAAAACUCUUAUAAAAUUUAAAAAUAAAAAGAAAUGUGGAGUUAUUAUUAUUA